GGACACAAGGGUGUUGCAUGAAAUUCGGAUAACGUAGAAACAAAUGCCGAAAGAUGGGACUCAAAAGUAAAAAAUUUGAUUACUAGCCUAGGCUUAGCUGUACGUUUAGUCCCGUCAACGAAGGAAACGAGUAAGGCUUCGGCGCCGACAGUCGAGAAAGGGUCUUUGAACGUCAACAGUCACGACAUCGACUCAUACCAAACGGUCAUACCCAAGUUAUACCCUCUCUUUCUCCUUCCAGCGCUACUUUAGCAUCACUUGUCGACGACAACGUCGAGCUCGCUGUCUUUGACGACGAUACACACACUCUCUAACCGUAAUGAAGCAACCACCAGCGUCCCCUUCGUCAGCCCGGUCUCCGCGCAAUCAAUUAAUUGGCCAUCCAACUUUGGACCUCCAUCACUCACAUCAUCAUCAUCAUCUCUCUCCUACUUCUGCUUAUCCACUCCCGACGAAUUUACCAAAACCUACCAAGAGUUCUGCAUUUAGAGGUUUACAAUCCGUUUUCCAGCGCAAACCACCGGAUCGCUCGCUAUCCUCGAAUUCUCUCCGCUCUUCCUAUUCAGCUUCCAACGCAUCCGCCACAGAUAGUCACAGCCCUCAUCCAUACGCCGCAAUGCCUCCUUUACCUGUUGUAUCAAACAAUGAACAUGUCGAUGACGAACAAGAAUGUCCUGUAUGCCUGGAACCCUUGAGCUUCAGCUUCAGACUUCCCGGAGAAAAGCCCCAUGUAGUACCAGAGUGUGGUCACUCGCUUCAUGAGGCAUGCUUUACCGCUGUAUAUGGCCCUCCUCCAGCCCAAUCUCGCUCUGCAGUGCCUCGCAAAUCAAAUCUUGGCGUCUGCGGUGUUUGCAGACGACCCAUGAAAAUUGGCGACGGAGACAGUAGCAGAAACAAUAAACUCGCCGCUCUGACUGGCAUGGGCAAUCCUCAUAACCCUGCCGUAUAUCCUGGGCGGGAUCAAGGCUCACGCUCUCGCCACAGCCCAGUACCUCAACAACCCUAUGACCCCACAGAUGACGAUCCAAUAGACCACGCCGUCUCAGUCAAAUCAACCCCCAGCGAAUCACACUAUAUCGUCGCACCUUCUAUCCAAGUCCGCCCCGAAUUUUCUUCUAUCACUCGGAAUGGCGAAACUUGUCAACCUUUGACCUGCAUUGUUGUAAUCGAGUUACCUGCCAGGCGUGGAACGGCUCAUGUUCCAGGUCCCGUCAUGGCUGAUGCAUACAGUUCUCACAGUGCUCAUACGCUCACACGAAAUGAUACCGUAACAGAGCUGCCUCAUCCAUCCCAAAGACAAAAUGAUACCUUGCGACAUCCAUCCCAAACUCAGCGUUAUGAUUCAUAUACCGAGCCAUGGUCAUCUACCAAUGCCGAGUCUUCCUAUUAUAGACCAGGCCCACCAGCGGAGGAAGAGGGUGAAGAAUCAUCACCUUUCAAUGCUAUCGUUGAGGAUUUGCGCAACCGGAUAAUAGAUUGGAAGGGCCACGCAUUGUCUGGCCUUGGCCCCCUGCAAAUGUAUGACAUGCUGUCCGUCCGCCGAGAUGCCCUUGUGCGGGAGUUUUUCGUGUACCUCUUUAAGGAGGCCAUCAUUUGCGUUGUAGAGGAGAAAAAGCGGUCUCUUGGCCGGUUCCUGUCGUCCCCAGCCUUCAACGAUGCCUCGACUUCCGUGUCAGGGUUGAGCAACAACCAGUCCAACAAGGGUGUCCUGCGCCUCAAGGGUCGCAUUUAUGUACGACAUAUCAAGCGUAUUACCGCGAGCACAAGCGGGGAAAUGAGCAUCACCAUUGAAAUGGAAGAUGAGCGACUCGACUCCUUCAUCCUCGUUUUCAAAGAUCGCUCUUCCAUGGAUGCGUGGAAGAGUCAGAUCCAGGGCCUGGUAAAUGCCUUUCAAAAUCAAGCAUCGCCGCCGCAGCCGUCCAUCGACCGUGGCCUGGACAUGGAUGAGUUCGGAGAUUCCGGAAAGGCUGCGCGGAUGCUUAGCGGGAGCACUGCGUCCACAUCACCAAGUACAGUCGAUAGUUUACUCCAUGGCUCCUCACGCUCCACCAUGUCCUCGUCGACCUCCCAUGGUUCCACGCCGCAACCUCAAUCUAGACAAAUGCAAACCAAACUCCAACCCCUCGGUGAGGAGGAUGUACUUUCGCACUAUGAGACGCAUCCUUCAGGCUUGGUCGCACCACAUGUAUCUACUGGACCCUCCAAUUCACUUGCUCCCCUCCCACAUACGGCAAUUGAUCUCAUUCUUAUCGUGUCGCUUCCUCCACCGAGUGCUGCCCGCAGCACUGCGGCGCUUAAGCUGCGGGUCAUCAAGGCAUCACUGGACUUUAUCCUCGCUUCUCUCGGAACCAAGGACCGUUUGAGUCUUGUAACUUUUGAAGUAGGACCUGGCGGGCGUGUGCGCAAAACACCGUACCUUUGCGUUGGUAAGGCGCUCAGCCGAGGAAGGCUAUCCAAAUUCAUUGAUGAAAUUGGACGUCCGGAUGGGGGACAAGACGACGAGUUCUUGGUGAGAGCAUCCAAAGAGGAAAAGACGGACGUUGUGACUGCGGUUAACCAUGGUCUCGAUGUUGUACUUCAGCGCAAAACUCGCAAUCCUAUCUCGGGGAUGGUCUUGGUGAGCGAUGCUGCUGAUAGCACGCGACGUGCACAGAUGGAUCUUGUUCUUGCCCGUGCCGAAGCUGCAAAUAUGCCCAUUCACUCGUUUGGCUAUGGUCGCUCCCACGACCCUGCUUCGCUUUGGCUGAUGUCGAACCACACCAGCGGGACAUACACCUUUGUCAAGGACUGGUAUGACCUCCGUAGCUGUCUUGCUGGCUGUGUCGGCGGCAUGAUGUCCAUUGGCCUACUCAACAUGAAGCUGCACAUGAAGAUCGUCGACGGUCAGCGCUUCCGCAUUCGCAAGGUCUCGGGUGGGCCUUCAUCCAUCCUCUCUACAGAUGGCCACAACGUUGACAUUGACGUUGGCGAGCUUCGCUAUGGCGAAUGCAAAGAGAUGCUUAUCGAGUGUGAGCUCGACAAUACUGAGAUUCGCCGUCCUUCUGCGCAGAACAGUAAUCGCGCGCUCAAUGCCACAGAUCAGUUCGUGCAGAGCAUGGGUCUUGAUUCUACGACCAUUGACGAUGGUACUGAUCUUGUGGAUGGCAUGAUGGACCGGAUGAUUGAUGAGGUUCCGGUGUUCGAGGUUGACGGGUCUUUCUAUGAUCCCAGCGCAUCGAAACAAAUUUCACGCCUCGCCCAUCCCGUCCUCUUGACGAUCACUCUCCUUCCUCAAGCUACCACUAUCUCUCCCAAGCCAGUCAAACCAUCAGAUCCAGUAAUCGUCCGGCGCAGAAUGGAACUUCUCGCAUCUGACAUGAUCACGCGCGCUCUUGUCCUCGUUUCGAGGAAGAACUACCCUCAAGCCCAGAAGAUCAUGAACGAGACCAAACGCAUCUUGCACACUGUGCUGCAGAGCAUCUCCAAAACACUUCCUCCGCCCAAUACCGAAGGCACGACGAUGCGCAACCGCAAGGAUGUCCUCACUCUUGCUGCGGUGCGUGCGAUGCAGGCUAUACUCCAAGACCUUCAGAUUUUGGCAGAGGCUUUAGAAGAAAAUGUCGAGCUGUUUGCACAUGACCAGCGGAAUUUUGGUGCACAGCAGGCUAUGAUAUUGCGCGACCAGAAAAGUUGGAGUGGACGCAGUGCCACAGAACGCCUGUUCUGGACCAUUGACAACUCCAUAGAACUGGUUUCUCGGAGUACCGAUUGGGUAGCGCGCGACUGAUACCCCUGCCCCAAGACAUCAUCUCUUUCUCUUCUCUUCUUUAUUAUGUCCCUCGGCUGGCUACCCUAUCUCAUUUGUGUUCAUGCUUUCUCGUUCUGUUAUGCCAGCGUGGUUUCAACCUCAUUACGCUCCUUCCCUUGUGUCACUGUCCUUCCUUGUCCUUGUCCUUGUCCUUAAGUAUCACCCAGCUCCGGACCCUCUUAAUGUAACCUCCCGCAGUCUCGUCUUUAUGUCGAGGGAUGCGCUUUAUGAAUCCUCUCUUCCUGGAUGUUCCUAAAUUUUUAUUUCCGCGUGUUAUUUACUUAAC